UGAAGGACCUUUCUUUUUACUCGGUUACAAAGCAUACUAUUUGGUUUCUUAAACGUUUAUGACCUUUAAACUCGUUGCAUAUUCAAUUUCCGAUAAUUUUUUCCGUUACUAGUAUUGCUAUUAAACCAUCCGGAUUGAUAUACUUAAUUAUCUUUUGACUUUUUAUCCCUCUUGCUUUCUAUCAUCGUUGUUAUUAAUUUCUUUUUGAGUUUCUCACUUCCAUAAUUUGCAAUGUCUCAAUGCCAAUGUUGCUCACAAUCUUUCGCUUCAAGGACGGCGCGAGGUCAUCAUCGUCGAGCUCUCCACUUGUCUAUGGUAUACAUCCCAUUGCCAAAUAAAUCUUUUGGUUCGGAAAAGUUCUAUCGUUGUGAGGAUGGUUACAUUUAUUGCUCUUGCCAAAAACAGUUCACAAUUCCUAGCAAACUUCAAACAUUGCCCCAAAUUUGUGAAAGAACAUACAGGAAAUCGGAUAAUGAACAAAAUGCUUUAAAAAAUUACGAACAGCAAGGACACGAGAGUGAUGCUGCCGUCAAUAAUAAAAACAAUUUAUCAGAUGAUGUUGUAAAGCGAACAAAAAAAGAAAAUCCAUUCGAGCCUAUAAAUAAAAGGACAUUCUCUAUAGGUUUUGCUGAGCAGAAAAACCCAUCGUAAGACAAGCCUAUUUGGCACUCAACAGCAAUUCAUCAGGGAGAUAAUGUUUACAGCGAAGUAAACUCAGAAUUAG